UAUUUUUCAUUUUCAUUUUCAUUUUCAUCUUUCAUUGUUUUCCCUCUCACCUUUCUCAUUGGAGGGAAAACAUCCAAAAUCCAAAAUUUCGUAACAAAGAAAAUUAAAAACCUUCCUCUAAAUUAGGGUUUUAUUACUCUAUUCUUUCAUCUUACUUUCUUCCAGCUGAAUCUGUAGCAUUUUCUUCUUUCUUCUCUGGGUAAAAGUAAAGUUGGUCUGAAUGCGAUUCUUGCUGCGAGAGCUUAUAGAUUUUGAUUUUCACAUCAGGAUAAUUAUUCUGGAGCUUUAUUUGCUGAUCUGAUUAAGCCAACAAAGGUCAGCCAGGUCGUGCCGCAUAACUCAGUGAACAUGCAAACUAAGAAAAAAGCCUCUAGGCGAAAUGGUAGUCGAGAAUGCACCUCUCCUAAGGUUUCAAGAGCGCAGAAGAAGGCCUCUGAUCAUAGCCAAGUGGUUGAAAAGAAAGUGGCUGAUUUAAUUACAUCUUCUGCAAGAAAGAUUAAACCACCUUGCGCUCUUGAGGAUAAAUCUGAUGAGCCAACACCCCUAACUUAUUUGAAUAAUGAGUACGACCUGGACAAGGGGAUUUCCAGUACUAUUCCAGAAAAUGAAGCAGUUGAUGGUGCUUCAGUAGAUUUUGAGGGUUGUAACAAGCAAGCUGUACCUCUUGAGUCUGGAACUAUAUUCUCUCCUGGGUUUCACUUAUCCAAAGGUUCUGGAGGAAAAGUUGCUGACAGAGUUGAUUUUGUCAAAAUAUUUCGGUGUGAGGAUCAACAAAGAAUUUCUCUAGACCAAGAAGCAACACAGUUAUCACAGGAGGAUGCAGGAGAUGGCCAUGUUAGUCAAGAUUCUGACUCUGCCAUGGAAGUAGACAUAAAAAAUUCAUCAAAUAUUCCCGCUAUAAGCUCACAAAAUGUGAAUGGUUGCAACACUGAUUUUGAUGGAAAUGGUCUUUCCGUGGAAGUUCCUACCAUAUAUCUUGCCAUGAAAAACUCAAAGCUGGAAUGUGUUGAUGAGCAUGCUCAAGAUUCGAUAUCCUCUGAUAUGUGCCCAGAGGAAGAUGAAUUUGAGGAUUUCGACGAUUUUGACCCUUACUUAUUCAUAAAGACCUUACCAGACUUGUCAAAGGUUGUUCCCACUUUUAGACGGAUGUUGCUACCUAAGCAGACUCGGAGCUGCCCUCCUAUCACUCUUGUCCUGGACUUGGAUGAAACUUUGGUGCAUUCUUCCCUAGAACCUUGUGAGGAUGUAGACUUUACGUUCACUGUGAAUUUUAAUUCCGAGGAGCACAUUGUCUAUGUACGCUGCCGUCCUCACCUAAAAGAGUUUCUCGAGAGAGUCUCUGGUCUUUUUGAGAUUAUUAUAUUUACCGCUAGUCAAAGUAUUUAUGCUGAGCAACUCCUAAACGUGCUUGAUCCGAAGCGGAAGAUAUUUCGCCAUCGUGUAUUCCGUGAAUCCUGUGUUUAUGUGGAGGGGAAUUACCUCAAAGAUUUAACAGUGCUCGGUCGUGAUUUAGCACAUGUUAUGAUAAUUGACAACUCCCCACAGGCAUUUGGAUUCCAAGUGGACAAUGGAAUACCAAUUGAGAGUUGGUUUGAUGAUCCUUCAGAUAAAGAAUUGCUUUUGUUACUUCCUUUCUUGGAAAGUUUGGUAGGAGUUGAUGAUGUCCGGCCCAAAAUUGCUCAAAGGUUCAAGCUCCGGGAGAAAAUUGCUGCUGCUGUGCAUCCUUUAAAUACAAAUAGAAGGGAUUUCUUGUCUGAAUAAAUUGUGCAUUAAACAAUGUUUAGGAAAGGAGAGCACUUUUGUUUGUUGUAACACUUCUUAUAUUAUGAUUUUUUUCUUUCGGUUACUUAUAUUAUGAUAUUAACAACAGCAUUCUCCUUGUCAUUAAAGCUGUAAUGACAUCGUUGAACCAGAAAAGGGGUAUAUGAGAAUUUAAGCAUGUGUGGAGAGUAGACUAGUGUGGAUGCUUGAUUCAUUAUUAUCUUCCUGGUAAUAAAAAUCCCCCAAAUGAUUAUCUAUA